AUGGCGAACACCACCAUCAACGCAUCCCCCCUCGAUGCUCUUAUCAACGAAGCUAAACCAGACGCACAUGCGAAUCCGCCAACAAAGAAGUUGAUCAACCUCCUCCGCGGCUGGCCCGCGCCUGCCCUCUUGCCCGCAUCCCAGCUGAAAUCGGCAGCCGAAUAUGUGCUGUCCGACCCGGCCAUCUCGGUCCCCGUGUUGCAGUACGGUAUCGACCCGGGAUAUCAGCCGCUGCGGGAGGAGAUCGCGAGGUGGUUGAGCGGAAUCUAUCAGUACCACCCGCCUUCAGAUCCUCCUUCUCGCCAACCUGAGCGUAAGGGCAGCAUCAAAGCAAAUGAAAUCACCAUCACGGGCGGUGCCAGCCAGGCCCUGGCUUGCGUGUUGCAGUCGUUCACCGACCCCGGCUAUACGCGGGCGGUGUGGGUGGCGGCGCCGUGCUAUUUCAUGGGAUGCGCCAUCUUUGAGGACAACGGGUUCCGCAGGCGGCUGAGGGCUGUGCCGGAGGAUGAAGGGGGUGUGGAUGUGACGGUGUUAGAGGAGUUGAUCCGGAAGUGCGAUGCCGAGAAAUGGGGGCACCGGCCCUCCAAAUCCCCUUCACCCCACCGCAAACUCUACCGCCACAUCAUCUACCUCGUCGCGACCAGCGCCAACCCCUCCGGCAAGACCCUCUCCAUCGCCCGCCGCACGGCGCUCAUCCACCUCGCCCGAGAACACGACGCAUUAAUCAUAAGCGACGACGUCUACGACCUGCUCCAAUGGCCUGUCACUUCCUCCCCUCCUCCCACCUCACUAGUCUCCCCAUCGCCCUUACCCCCGCAAACCCCUCUCCCUCUACUCUCCCAAAUCGACGCCUCCCUCCCGCCCUCCCGUCACAACCCGCCCGGCAAGAACUUCUCCCACGCAAUCUCCAACGCCUCCUUCUCCAAACUAGUCGGACCCGGAAUUCGAACAGGCUGGAUCCACGGCACGGCCGACUUCGCGCACGGCUUCUCCGUCACGGGCACGAACCGCAGCGGCGGGGCGGCGAGCCAGUUCGCGGCGGCUGUGGUCUGGCGGGCGCUGAGCACGGGCGAGAUUGAGGAGUGGGUGGAUGGGACGGUGAGGCCUGCUUUGAGGAGGAGGCAUGGGAUCAUGCUCAGGGAGAUCGCCAGGGAGCUGGCGCCGCUUGGGGUGAAGGUUUGGGGCGGGAAUGGGGUUGAUGGGGCUCAUCAGGCUGGCGGUAAACUGGGACCGGAUGAGUUGGAGGUGUAUGGUGGGUAUUUUGUCUGGUUGACGCUCCCUGAGGAGAUGAAUGCCGAGGUGGUUGCGCGACGGGCAAGGGCGGAGGAGGAGUUGGUGGUCGCACCUGGAAGGAUCUUUGAGGUUGCUGGGGAUGAGGAGGCGGCGAGGUUUCCGCAGAAUGUGAGGCUGAGCUUCUCUUGGGUGGAUGAGGAGGAUAUUGUGGAGGGGGUAAAGAGGUUGGGGAGGGUGUUGAAAAGAAUGCUGGGCGGCGUGGAACCAGACAUGGUCGAAAGGAACGCGGCUGAGGGAGAGGCACAAGCGUUCAAGUGA